CCGCCGCGUUCGUGCCUUUUUGCACGCAACCGCCGUUGAGCCGGUUUGGAACGCUCCCUUCGUCUCACUGGAGGAAGCAGCAGCAGCAGCAGCAGCAGCCAGAGUAGCUGUCAUGUGAAUCAGCUGGACGAACAAGGAAGGAGAUAAAUAACAACACGACUCCGUCUUUCUAUAUCAAGGGCUUAUCUGGUGAGGGGGCAGGAUGGCGGGGGCAGAGGUGUACACCCCUGCAAACCCCACCUGCAAGAUUAUGACCUUCAGGCCCACCAUGGAGGAGUUCAAAGACUUCAACCAGUACCUGGUUUACAUGGAGUCUCAGGGUGCUCACCGCGCAGGCCUGGCUAAGGUGAUUCCUCCUAAAGGCUGGAAGCCCCGUCGUACCUAUGACGACAUAGACGAUCUCAUGAUCGACGCUCCCAUCCAGCAGAUGAUGGCUGGCCAAUCGGGGCUCUUCACUCAAUACAACAUCCAGAAGAAGCCUCUCAAUGUGCAGGAGUUCAGGCGAUUAGCAAACAGUGACAUGUACUGUACACCACGCUACCUGAAUUAUGAAGAUCUUGAAAGGAAAUAUUGGAAGAACCUCACUUUUGUUUCGCCCAUAUAUGGCGCUGAUGUCAGUGGCAGCCUCUAUGAUGAGGAUGUGGAGGAGUGGAACAUCGGCCACCUGAACUCCAUCCUGGAUGUUAUCGAAGAGGACUCCGGGGUGUCCAUCCAGGGGGUGAACACUCCGUAUCUAUACUUUGGCAUGUGGAAGACCACCUUCUCCUGGCACACUGAGGACAUGGACCUGUACAGCAUCAACUACCUCCACUUUGGAGAGCCCAAGUCCUGGUACGCCAUUCCCCCUGAGCACGGGAAGAGACUGGAGCGUCUGGCUACAGGUUUCUUUCCCAACAGCUUCAAGGGGUGUGAGGCUUUUCUUCGUCACAAGAUGACUCUAAUCUCCCCUUCCAUACUUAAGAAGUAUGGCAUUCCCUUUGAUAAGAUCACUCAGGAAGCUGGAGAGUUCAUGGUCACCUUCCCUUAUGGCUACCAUGCUGGCUUCAAUCAUGGCUUCAACUGUGCAGAGUCCACCAACUUUGCCACUGUGCGCUGGAUCGACUAUGGCAAAGUAGCCACACAGUGCACAUGUAGCAAGGACAUGGUGAAGAUAUCCAUGGAGCCCUUUGUGAAACGUUUUCAACCUGACCGCUACACUAACUGGAUGGGGGGCAAAGAUUCUGCACCCCCCGACCACAUCCUUGCUACUCCCAGUACAACGCCGGAGCUGCAGAGCUGGUUGCAGAGGCGGCGCAAGAACAAACCUACGAACAAAGGCUGCACGCACUCACGAAUGCGCUCCAAGCGCCUCAGAACCACCGAGGAGCCAAUUGGCCUGAAUGGCAGCUCAGCGUUGACCAGCAGCAAGAGGAAAGGCCUGGGUAGUCCGCCUGGGCCUAAGGUGCGGAGGAUUGUGGCAGGGACGAGCUGCAGGGAAGAGGAGGAGGAGGAGGAGGAGGAGGUGGAGGAAAAGAAAAAGGAAAAGGGAGCGGAGUUGAAGCACAACCAGAACUCCGUUCUUUCUGGUCCUUGCAGACAGAUGUGUGUGGUCAAGGUGAAUCGUGUAGAGAGUAAUAGUUUGGGUUUUUUGAAUAAGGAGCCAUCACAAAACUCUCGCUGCAGCGCCAUCCCCUCCCCUGUUUCAGCAGUGAAGAAGGACCUAAAGGCAGAGACGGGCAGACACACUGACCCUCAACGCCUCUCAGGGUCAGGGGUCGUAUGCAGGACUCCUGAAGGACUCAGACAAUGGCCUGAGGCUACCCAGACGCAUCCAGGAAUUAUUGAGGCACGGUGUUGCUCUCAUGAACAACGAGACCUCUCAUCUGCUCAGGACUGCUCUACCAGGGUCUCUCCCCUGGAGGCCAACACACUCUGCCCAUCUUCCCACACAACGAGCACUUCUACUGAGACUGAGACAAGCUUGCGUCCCUCUGACUCUGAAGUUCAGACAGCUAGUGCCUCAUGCAGAGAAGACACUUUAAGCCUAACACCAAACACUGACAUUAGCAUGGGCUCGGGUACUGAGGAUUACGCCGACAGCCCUGCUGAAGCAGAGAAAAUGGACGCAGUUGUUCAUACAAAACGUAUCACUUCACACUCUACUACAGAAGCACUUUAUGAUCUCAAAACUGAGCCCGUAGGGGGGGAUAGUUCCACAUCCUGUGGCUCCUUCUCCCCUGCAGCACACAAUUGCAGUUUGGAAAAAAACCGCACUGAGGAAAAUAUUUUCCCUCCCCUCCUACAGAGGAAUGCAGUGGAUAUGCCACGACUCACUCCGGAGCCAGCAGAUAAGGUUGGAAUCUGCCCGUUGCCCCCUGUGCUUAUCCAGGAGAUGCCCUCGCUCACCCCGGCUGAUGACGGGCUGACCAUCGUCCCGAAAGCGAGCACGUGCAGUCACCAGGUUGCCCCGGUGCUUCAGCGGGAGACGCCGACCAACUCGCCGGCGUCGCAUCGAGCCAAGCAGGAAGAGGGAGAAACCGACUCAAUGAUGUCAAAGGAACCUCUUGCCGCAGAACCCGCCAACAAGUGGCAUUUAGAUUCUCCGUAUAAUUGUGACGCGGCAGCAGUGUCUGGUUUAGAAGGAAACGUGGCUCAUUUAACCACCAGUGCUCUGCACAAAAUAACAUCUGGUGGUGUCCAGGAAAUGCUAAUAAUGCCGGGUAUGGCUGCAGAAAAGGACCAUACAAAGCUGGAAAAUGUUACUCCUGGACGGACUGAUGCUUCCUCAAACCAGCAAGUUCAGAGCACUGCACCUCAAACGGGCCAGCAAUACGGCUUAGCAGGGAUGGCAAGUAAAGACAACUCGGCUCAACGGGACAGUGCAUUCAGUCUGAGCAGUUGUGGCUCUCUUUUAGCUGGCACCUCAAACAAUAGAGCCCCAACCCCUUCCCCUCCUUUAUGCAAUCAGAGUGACGGUCACCUAGCAUUGCAACUCCACCACCACGCCACAUACUCCCCUUCGCAUUGUACGUCCGAGAACCCGUACAUGGAGCCCAAUCCUUUCUCCAGCAACAUCUGGAAAAACUUUAAUUCCCAGGGCCCUGCAGUGCUCAUCCAAAGUCUGCACCCAGAAAUCCCCUCCGACUUCACUCACGACUCCCUGCCUUACACCAUGUGGACUGAACCCCAGUGCAAAGAAGUCACGGACCUGGAGGACGCCGAACAAGACCUCCGUGAGUCAGAGGACCGGGGUGGAGGAGGCGGGCCUCUCACCUGGGCCCAGCUCGAGCCCACCUCGCUAGUUUCAGUUGGAGCUGUUGAGCCCCUGGGCCUUUGUGGAGAUUUUGAGCUCCACAGAAUGGAGGCGGAGGGGUCUGAAGCCCUUUCCUUGUGCAGGGAGCUGGGGAGGCAAAGGGAGGCAGAGGAGAGGCUGCACUCAGUUACUGCUGUUGCACCACUCGGGAUGGGAAGAGGAGAACGGGAUGGAGUGUCUGACAUGGAAGAAGGGGGAUCUGAUGGCGAUGAGGCGGAGCAGCAAAGCAGUGUCAAAGGAGAGAGCGGUAGCGACUCAUCGGAGGAGGAGGAAGAGGAAGAGGAAGAAGUGGAGGAGGAGGAAAAUGAUGAGAGUAACUGCAAGUGUGACGAAUCAGGCCUGGAACCUGGGGAGGUUUGUGCCUACGCCGCCCUGUCAGGGAAGAGGACCACUAAGAGCUGGCGCCACCCACUCAGGAAGCCGACUGCGAGGGCUGUACCCACUGCUGUCAAACAACAGGCUGCCAGUGACGAUGAGCCUCCUGAAGCAAGCCUGGAAGAGGAGGAGGAGGAGGAGGAGGAGGAGGAAGAAGAAGAGGAAGAGGAAGAGGAGGAGGAGGAGGAGGAGGAAAUGGAGGCGUGGGCGAAACCCCUCAUCUACCUGUGGCAGAACAGGAAGAGCUGCUUCACUGCGGAGAGGGAGUUCAAUGCCAAUGCAGCCACUACACCGCCACACUGCGCUGUGUGCACACUCUUCAUGCCCUAUCAUCAGGCCGAAGACAAAGUUGAGGACGAUGCACCUAUCGUAGCGAGGGACACCUCCAAAUCCUCAUCUCCAAUGGAGGGCCCCACGCGUCCCUGCAGAGGUCUGAGGAGGACCAUUCCCCUGGUCCCAGAGAUCUGUUUCUCUUUCCGGGAGCAGAACUGCCCCCCAACGCCCACCAACCCUCUGCUGCAGGAAGAUGGCACCUCCCCUCUGCUCUACUGCCAGGGCUGUUGCCUGCAAGUCCAUGCAAGUUGCUAUGGCGUUGCCGCAGAUGAUGUCAGCGAACAGUGGUCGUGUGAUCGCUGCACAGAAGGCAGCUUUACGGCAGAAUGCUGUCUCUGUAACCUCAGAGGUGGAGCUCUGAAGAAAACCCAAAGCGACAAAUGGGCCCACGUGAUGUGUGCAGUAGCACUGCCAGAGGCGAGGUUCAGUGAUGAAGCCAAGAGGGGUCCCAUUGACACCAGUAGGAUCCCCAUGCAGCGAUAUAAACUGAAGUGCAUCUAUUGUCGUAAGCGCUGCUCGGGGAAGCGGCAGGCAGGUGCUUGUAUCCAGUGCUCAUGUGGCCGGUGUCCCACCUCCUUUCAUGUGAGCUGUGCCCAUGCUGCCGGUGUAAUCAUGGAGCCGGAUGAUUGGCCGUAUGUCGUGUCAAUCACCUGCCAUAGACAUCAAUCACGGAGUUCGUCAGCUAAGCAGCGGGCGUGCCAAGCGCCGAUCUCGCUGGGCCAGACAGUAAUCUCCAAACACAAGAACCUGCGCUACUACAGCUCCAAGGUCGCCGAGAUCACCUCCCAGACGUUCUACGAGGUCAUGUUCGACGACGGCUCCUUCUCCAACGAUACCUACCCCGAGGAUAUAGUGAGCAGAGAUUGUAUGAACUUGGGUCCUCCAGAAGUUGGGGAAGCUGUUCAGGUGAAGUGGCCCGAUGGGCUGUUCUACGGUGCCAAAUACCUGGGAUCCAACGUAUCCUACAUGUAUCAGGUGGAGUUUGAGGACGGGUCUCAGGUGCUGGCCAAAAGGGAAGAUGUCUAUGCUUUAGAUGAAGACCUGCCUAACAAGGUGAAACGUAGACUUUCCACCGCCUCGAGCAUGCGUUUCCAGGACGCCUUCUUCACCACGCAGGGCGAGAGGAAACGCCAGAGAACGCCCAACUCGCGUUUCCAGAAAGACUACGUGGCCCUGCCGGGCCUCCGUACCACGGCCAAAAGCACAUGGGAGCAACGCAGCCACAAAGGGAAAUGAAGCCACGGACGAAUGCACUGACUCACCGGUGGCCGUCGAGGGGAGGCCGUGUCUGUGCGCGCAUGCUUGUGUGCUGGGAGCGCUUUGGAGGCACUUCCUGUCGCCCGCACAACGUCCCUGAGAAUGGGUCAGGAGAACCAGUGUGAAGGGGAACGGGGGCCUCGAGGUUAGAUGGCGGUUCACUAGCGUUGCGGGCGUGUACAUUUAUACAACAGCGAUCGUGACAGCUGGACUCUCAUAGAACGGGUUAACGGAGGGGCGCUGUUGCCUCGUGCUUUCACAUCCGUCAGGGAAAAUGAACGUGACUUCCAUUCGUCACAUUGACCCCCCGCCCCCAUCCCCUUUUUUUUUUCUUUUUUUUUCUUUUACAAAAGAAACUUUUUUUUUUUUCUUUGUACAUGGAAAAUUCAAAAGGGGGAGAUUUUUCUAAAUAGCUGUGGUCUGUUAUUUCCAGAUUGGAUUUAGAAUAUUUAUGCACUUUGCGUGUAGUAUUUUCCUCAUGUCUUUACUGUUUCUCCCCGCAUGUUAAACCGUGUGUCCUAACUGCUCCUGCUGGAGUCCAAUGACACGACAAUGGCUUCCUUGCUGCACGUUUUUUUUCCCCUUCAUCCACAUGGACGAAAACAUUUUGUUUGAUAUUGGAAAAUUAAUCAUGGCUGAAUUUAAAAGAAGCCAAAUAUUGAUCAUGUUUAAUCCCUUGCGAAGGUGAAAAAUUCAGACGGGAAGCCAUGACUGUGUUGGAUUCUACGCACUAUUAACGUGAAAUGCUACUGUUGCUCCAUUGAAUGAAACACAUUGUUGAAAUUAUUUAAAAUUUGUAUUUAUUUUUGGCUUGCUCUAGGUAAACUAUUGCUAACUGCUGUAAUGAAAACAAUAAAAAAAGAUAUGUUUUUUUCUAAA